ACAAGACAGACCAUUCAAAGGAGGUAAAAACGAGUUACCAGACACACUGAAAGUUGCAGAAGGAGCUCGUGUCAUGCUCACCAGAAACAUUGACAUACAAAAUGGUUUGGUUAAUGGAGCUUUUGGAAAACUACUUAGAGUAGUUUACUCUGAAAAUGACCAACACAUCAUCAAGCUUGGACUUAAAAUGGAUAAUGAGACAUCUGGAAAGAAUAACCGCACACCAGCAGACGACAUGGUGUACAUUGAGAGAGCAGAGGAGAAUCUGAAGCAGAAAGGAGUGGUACGAAGACAGUUCCCAGUGAAGCUGGCCUUUGCAUGUACAAUACAUAAGGUACAGGGAAUGACAACCACAUCAGCUGUUGUCUCUCUUAAGAGCAUUUUUGAGCCCGGCAUGGCCUACGUAGCUGUCAGUAGAGUGACGUCUCUCAAUGGACUCUAUCUUCUUGAUAUGGAGGAGAAAAAAAUAUUCACCAAUCCAGAAAUCACUGCAGCACUUGAGAACAUGAGACAAGCCAACCUUGAUGACAUGAUGCCUCUUCUACAUGUGAGACAAACACUGAGCAGGUCAGAGGUUUUCACCAUUGUUCAUCAUAAUACAGAGGGACUGCCAGCUCACAUUAAUGACAUCAAGAGUCACCAUGAAUUGUGUCUAGCAGAUGUUUUGUGCCUAACAGAAACACACCUGCGGGGCUCUUUUGUCGCAGAGAGUCUCCAUUUGGAAAAUUACAAUUUGUUCAAACGCAACAGACACCUGUCCUACACAAACUUUCCCCAGAUGGCAAACAGAAAUGGUGGUGGAGUUGCUGUUUAUGUGAAAAGUGACAUUCAAGUGCAUGAAAAACAGUACAUCCAUAAUGUAACUGACCUUGAAUUUCUGGCUUUAAAGGUUGAAGCACCAGUCAGUGCUCUAAUUGCAGUUGUGUACAGACCUCCAGACUACACUAUGAGGCCAUUCCUGAAAAACCUGGUAAGCCUAUUAGACUCAUUAGAGAUCAUGGACUGUCAUCCCAUCAUAGUGUGUGGUGAUUUUAAUGAGAAUGUUUUAUCUAUUGCAAACAAACCAAUCCUGGAGCUGUUUGAGUCUAGGGGAUACGCACAGGUCAUCACUGCCCCUACCACAGAGAAGAACACACUGCUUGACCUUAUUUUCAUUUCUCAGCCAGAGCGAUGUCUCCAUUCUGGAGUCAUGAAGACCUACUAUAGUUACCAUGACCCUGUAUACUGUGUAUUGUCCUGUGAUGAUUCAUGAUCUAGAUCUUUGACUACAGUAAGUAAUUUCUAUAUUUUUGAAUGACUUAAGAAAGUAGAGCGAUAUUUAAAAGUUGACUUAAGAAAAAGCGCCCUGCAUUGCAAUAUAAUGUUUCAAUUGUCUACAUAAAAUACAAUUAAAUGAAUUAAGUAAUGAUAUCAGUAAAAGAUGACAAUUUUAUGUAUUACAGAAAAUCUAAAAAUCAGAAAUCUAUGAAUGUCAGAAAAAUCAAAUAUAGCAGUUUAAAACGAACAGUGUAGGCAUAUCCUCUCUGCAGCCAGGCUUCAAAAUCCUGCCAGGCUGCCCCAGUCUCACUGUGGCUGGGAGGGAGGGAGGGUGGACCAGAGGAUUGCCCACACAACACAUAAAUGUUCAACAGCUUCUUCAUUGUUUCUGAGAGAACAACACAGACUAAAGGUUGCUUUUUUUUAAAAAAGAAAAAAAAAGAAAAAGAAAAAUCUAAUUACAGCAAUAAUGACAGUUAAGCCAGUUUAUCUGUGCCUCUAUUUUGAAAUACUAUUUACUAAAAUGUUAUUGAUUUCAGUUUGUUAUAAUCUUUAAACUUUUUCAAAAGUAUAUUAUUAUAUUUUUGGACAAAUCUUUCAAUGAAACAUACAUUUUUAUGAGCUUUUAUCAUGUUUCAGCCAGUGCAUUUAUCAGGGUGGGUCUGGGAUGAUAAAUGCACUGGCUGAUAACUGCACAUUUCUGGCCAGAAAUGUUUCAGCAGUGUUACAUAUGCACUACAUAUGUUAAACUUGCUUUUUGUUACCAGUUGAUACCCUACAUUUGUAUAGACAUUGGGUGGUGUGAGGCUGGGGAGUUGAGUGGAGUGGGUAGGUGGGAGUUGAAUGUGGGGGGUACGGUGGGAGGUUGUUAGGUUUCUUUUUUUUUUUUUUUUUUUGUAAAGAGAGACACAGUCCUCCUGUGUCUUCUCCAAGCUUCACAUGGUAAAUCCAACAGUGUGAAGCACAUAGCAGCCAGAAACUGUAAUGCCACAGAUCAGAGAGGCUUCAUCAUCACCAUCUUCACCGUACGAUCAGAGCAUGAGACUUCACAUCUGGAGCACAGGAGAGAUUCUGUGAUAAGUCCUCCUUCUAGCUUGUCCCACAAGCAGUCGAGCUGAGACACUCAGGACUGAACAGACUGCACAGUUUCUGUGACCGAGCCUCCAAAACACCUUCUUUGAAACCACACAUGAUAGAAGGGCUUUAUAUUUGCAGCAGCACUACUAAAGGUAUUCAGUUUAUUACAGGAUGUGUUUGUUUCUUAGGACCAGCUCUAAGUGCACACUACCUAACAUAUACACCUUUCUGUUCAUUACAAACCAACUACUCUGGAUCAUAUGGCCAGUCGGCAGGAAUGUUGCUGCAGGAAAACAUCCCUGAAGAUCACCAUCAUUGUCAGACUGACUGUGCCUCCUCUGUGCAGUGUCAAGAUCCUCCCUAAAUGAGUGUGUAAGUUCAUUAUUUUAUUCCCUAUGACAAGACAAGUAUCACUGAUAUUUACAUUUACAACUACAUAUGUUCCUGUUUUCUGCUCCUCAGCUAUCCUGCUUCUGUGCUGCUUGCCACACAUCAAACACUGGCCGGAUGACAGGGAGGAUCCACUCUGAAGUCACUGGACAUGAUGAGGAUCAUAUGGGACUUUAUAGUUUCACAGAAAUGUUGUGCUCUUUGAUUACAGGUUUUAAAUGGACAUAAUGACUGCCUCUCUCUGAUCUGACAGGCUAAAGGAUUGUUUUCAUUGUUAGUGCUCUGUACAGUGUAUGCUUAUUUAAUAUUUCAUCACAGAGCAAACCUUUAUUUAUUUAACAUAUUUUUAUUUUGUUUUAAUGUUGAAUUAACUGUGGGGAUUUUUUUAAGUGGGCACUCGGGAUGUCAUAUGACCAGAAAUGUGGUAACUGGAAUUCAACAGUAUGUAAAGAAAGAAUCUGCUAAGAACAUAACACACACAAAAACCCCCAAGAGAACUCAAAUUCGUUCCAUGUAAUCCAAUCUAAAACAUUUUAAACUGCUGAACAGCAACACAAACAGUGUUAAAGAAACAGUGUUAACAGAAUAAUUAUGAUGAGUUUGUACCAAAGUUUCAGGUCACAUGGCACACCUAGUGUGUAGUGUGGGGUAUCAGCUGGUAAGUAUAGGUUUUUUCAUAUUUGUGUCCUUAGAGUUUAGAUAGAUAAAGCCUUGUGUAUAAUAAUUAGUCAUAACCACAACUCAAAGUCAGGGAUUAACUAAAUUUGGGACUUUGUGUCUGAGCCCAGGUUAAAACACAGUGUAAAAAAGCAUUUAGUGGCAUGGCUGAACAAUGCUGUAAACUAAUGAUACUUAUUUAUCCAUGUUCACAAAAAGGACUAAUGUGUUCAUUUGAUUAUUUGUAUGUGUUAAACUGUGUCACCACCUUAGGCUUUCGUUUGAGUUCACUCAAAAAUCUCUAUACAGUUCUCUUUUACCACUGUGUGGACUCUGUUUACAAUAAAACAUAAAAAAGAAUGAGUAAUAAAAAGAUGUGUAGACAGAUCAGUAGAUUCAGUAGACCAAUAUUAGCAGCUGUUCAGCCAUGUUCUACGAAACAAACACAAUUUAAAGGUUCAGGAUUGUGGUUUUAAAAGUUGAAUUUUCAUGUAUUUCAUAUGUUGCUUAUUAUUUUUAUUUGGUUAUUUAAUUUAGUUAUUUUUAUUUAUUCUCCUGUGAAGUGUUUAACAAAAAAAAGCAACUUUAAUUUCAAUUUUAUUUGUUUAUUAUUUGGUAAUUUGUUCUUUAAGAAUCGAGUCUGUGCCAAAAACUAAAGUUGAACAGACACAUGACAGGAUCAGAUUAUUAACACCUUAAAACAUUGCAAACGUCUCUUUUUAAAAUGAUUUUUAUUUUUAUUCUAUUUCGAAAAAAAAAAAACAUUUGUUGAAUUAAUUUAAGUCCUUUUCAGAAAGAAGCUGUACAAUAUGACUUAAGAUUUUUAUGUUAUUUUCUAUGAUAUACAAAACAAAUUGAUGUAUGUAAUACCAUUAAACAUGAUAUACACAUAUGUAUAUGUCUGAAAAACAUUAUGCUGUAUAUUAAAGCUUGUAUUUUCUCCA